UUAUUCUCACCCCGGACGGACGGACGUCGGAGAUUCAACCGUCUCCUCUCUCUCUCUUCAACGUUUUCUUCCAUUUCAAAUAAUCCAUGUCUCCGGCAGAAUUCAGCUCUCCAUCUUAGUGUAUACGGCCAAAUCCAAUCCAUAAUCAUGGCGUUUUUUCAUGUAUUGCAAUCCACAGUUCUACUACCAGUUGCCGUUGUUUUCUGCUUUCUUCUUCUUCUAGUAACUUCACAAGGCGAUGAGAAAUGCUUGAAGGGACUAAAAGGCUCGAUGACUGAUCCUGACGGAAAACUCGACUCCUGGUUCUUCACAAACUCUUCGGCAGUCGGUUAUCUCUGUCAUCUCGUCGGCGUCUCUUGCUGGAACGAUCAAGAGAAUCGAAUACUUGCUCUCGAGCUCAAGGAGAUGAGACUCGCCGGCGAAAUUCCUUCCUCCUUGCAGUACUGUCACACUCUGCAAACUCUCGAUCUAUCCGGUAAUAACCUCCGUGGCUCAAUUCCUUCACAAUUAUGCACUUGGCUGCCUUUCUUAGUAACAUUAGAUUUAUCAAACAAUCAAUUAUCAGGUCAAAUUCCAUCUGAUUUAUCUAAAUGUUUGUAUUUAAACAAUCUGAUACUUUCCGAGAAUCAAUUGUCUGGCUCUAUACCGUAUGAACUUACUAGCUUGGGUAGAUUGAAGAAAUUUUCUGUAGCUGGUAAUGACCUUACUGGAAGGAUUCCAUAUUUUCUCAAUAUGCAUGAUUCAUCAGCUUUUGAUGGUAACAGUGGUCUCUGUGGACGUCCUUUGAGGAAUUGCGGCGGUUUAACUAAGAAGAAUCUCGCGAUAAUCAUUGCAGCUGGAGUAUUUGGUGCAGUUGGAUCGAUGCUGUUAGGGUUUGGGCUUUGGUGGUGGUACUUUACUGAGUCUGGUAAGAGGAGAAGGAAGAUAGGUUAUGGUUUGGGUGAAUUUGAUGAUAGUAAUUGGGCUACGAGGUUAAAGUCAUACAAGCAUAUUCAGGUUUCAUUGUUUCAAAAACCUCUAGUGAAAGUCAGGUUUGGUGAUCUGAUGGCUGCAACCAAUAAUUUUUGCGUCGAGAACAUGAUAUUUUCCUCGAGAACGGGUGCAAUGUACAAGGCUGUACUAGCCGAUGGCUCUGCCUUAGCGAUUAAACGGUUAACUAGUUGUAAGUUAAACGAGAAACAAUUUCGGUCUGAGAUGGACAGACUAAGCCAGCUGAGGCAUCCUAAUUUAGUUCCUCUACUGGGAUUCUGUAUUGUGGAGGAUGAGAAGCUGUUGGUUUAUAAACACAUGCAAAACGGAACCCUAUUAUCAUUAUUGAGUCAGAAUAAGGGUUCUUCUUUAGAUUGGCCAACUAGGUUUAAGAUUGCUUUAGGAGCUGCAAGGGGACUAGCUUGGCUUCACCAUGGCUACCAUCAUUCUCCAAUCUUACAUAACAACAUAAGCUCUAAUGUCAUCAUGGUCGACGAAGAUUUCGAUGCUAGGAUUGUCGAUUUUGAUCUGGCUAAACUUAUGACAGAAUCGGAUCCUACCAAGAGUAGUUUUGAAACAAGAAAUCUGGGUGAAAUUGGAUAUGUGGCUCCCGAAUGCUAUACUACAAUGGUUGCUUCUUUAAAAGGAGAUGUUUAUGGUUUUGGGAUAGUGCUUCUUGAAUUGGCAACUGGACAGAAACCACUUGUGAUUGAAAAUGCUGACGAGGAAGAAGGUCGGUUUAAGGGUACUUUGGUGGAUUGGAUUCACAGGGUUUUCGGUUCUGGUCGAAUAAAGGAUGCGAUUGAUAAGAGUCUUUGCGGAAGGGGAUUCGACGAGGAGAUUGUUAAGUACAUUAGGAUUGCUUACGGUUGUAUUGUCCCUAGGCCUAAGGAGAGAUGGUCUAUGUAUAAGGUUUAUGAAUCGUUGAGAAUCUUGGGUCUUCGACAGGGUGUUGUUCAAAAACAGGUUGAAGAAUUUCCACUACUUUCAGAAAAUUUAAACUAGAUUGUUGGCUUGUUUUGCUCUGUACAUUGUAAUAAUAAUAAACAUUCCAACAUUAAAUAUUAUAGUUUUUACG